AUGAUAAACUCUUCAUAUGUUUCAUAUUUCACACUUGCUGCUUACUUUGACACGGAGAUGUUUAAAUACUUAUAUUUCUUGCUCAUUUUGUCUUUAUAUAUGUUAAUAGUUUGUGCCAAUCUUUUGCUGAUUGUAGUUAUCUGUAAGAACAGAAGCUUACAUGAACCUAUGUACCUUUUUCUGUGCAGCCUGUUUGUAAAUGAACUGUAUGGUAGUACAGGGUUGUUUCCAUUCCUUCUGGUUCAGAUCCUCUCUGACAUUCACACUGUUUCUGCUCCCUUCUGUUUCCUGCAGAUUUUCUGUCUGUAUACUUAUGGCAGUGUAGAGUUUACUAACUUAGCCGUCAUGUCUUAUGACAGAUAUCUUGCUAUCUGUUAUCCUCUGCAAUAUCACAUACAUAUGACAUCUAAUAAGGUCGUUGUGCUUAUUGCUGUAACAUGGUCUCUUCCUUUUUUUGCUGUUUUUGUCACAACAUUAUUGAGUGCCUCCUUACAGCUGUGUGGGAACAUCAUUAAUAAAGUUUACUGUGACAACUAUUACAUCAUAAAAUUGGCUUGCUAUGAAACAAGAGUUAAUAAUGUCUAUGAACUCGUUGCUGUUUCUCUAUCAGUCUGUGUUCCUAGCAGGUUUGAUAUGAGCAGCGUACCCAACGUGUUACGAAUAUUGUUGUCAUUGUAUUUUCUGACGUGCCAACCGAUAUUUAACCCUUUAAUGUACGGCCUCAACAUUAGGGCACUCCGGAAGAAGUCACAUGCUAGCCAAGCUGCAAGAAAGAUUCUGGCUACUUUGUGCUAA